GACAAAAAGGCAUCGGCUUCAAGUCCGUGUUUAAGGUGACCGACUGUCCUGAGAUCCAUUCCAACGGCUUCCACUUGCGCUUUGACAAGACCUGCGGCCCCAUGGGGUACAUCCUCCCACACUGGGCUGAGGAGGAGAGGCCUCUGGACCCCCGGCUGAAGGAGCUCCAUCAGCACAGCUGGACCACCAAAAUCAGUCUUCCUCUGCGCUCUGAGAGCCAUCAGACCAGGAACCUGUUCCAUGAUGUGCACCCCUCCCUGCUGCUCUUUCUGCACCGCUUGCGCUCCAUCACCAUCUACAAUGAGAGUGAGAAGCGACUUGUGAACAUGACUCGCAAAAACCUCAGUCACAAUGUGAUCGAGGUGGAACACACAGAGGGCAUCGAGCGCUGGUUGGUGGUCAAAACAACCAUAGAGCUCAAAAAGAUCAAAGAAGACGUGGAAUCAACAGAGCUCGCUCUGGCUUUCCAGCUUGGCAACACCAUCCCAGAAGGUGAAGUCAUGUGUCAGCCUCAGAAACAGCCCGUGUUUGCCUUCCUGCCCCUUCGCAGUUUUGGCUUUCGAUUCAUCAUCCAAGGUGACUUUGACAUCCCUUCUUCUCGGGAGGAUGUUGACAGGGACAGCCCGUGGAACCAGCGUCUUCGCUCAGAAAUACCACAGCUCUUCCUCCAGGCCAUGGAUGUCUUCAAUGCUCAUCCGGAGUUCAAGGGUCUGAGGGGUCUCAGUCAGUUCCUGCAGUUCUUCCCUCUGCCAGAUGAGGUGAUGGACUUCUUCAAACCUGUCGCUGGGCAGAUAAUCCAACUGCUGAAAGGCAAGGCCUUCCUCCCGACCAUUGGAUCAGAUGGUCAGGUUGUGUUCAAGCUGCCGUCCCAGGUGGCCGUCUGUCAGGACACCGUCAUCCGAGACGUGAUUGGUGGUGACGAGCUAGAAAGGCACCUUUCUCUGUCUUAUCUCCACCCGGGCCUAACCCCCCCACCGCCCACCUCCGUCCUCACACACCUGGGAGUUCGACACCUGCGUGGCUCUGACGUUACCACGGUUACCACAGCCAUGGCAAAGGAGCUGAUGAGAGCGGAGGGAAUCCAGUCAGAGGGAAGCCUUCGAAAGCUGGCCAGGCUUCUGGUGUGUAACUUUCGAGCUAUGGAGCAUGGCUAUGGAGAGGCGGAUUCCAUCCUGCAAAGCCUCAGGGAGCUACCCAUAAUCCCUCUGGCUAACGGGCAGGUAGUGGCACUAAAUGGAGAGGGCGUGUUCUUUCCCAUGGAGGAGCCCAGCUCUAACAAAAAGAAAGGGAAAGCCCCGACUCAGUCAGGGCCUCUUUCUGCCUUAUACGAAGACGUAGUGGUGGUUCAUCCCUCCCUCCUGAACUGCCUGGAGGCGCUGGAGAAUCAGCAGGUCCGAGAGCUGCUCAAAAGACUUGGUGUUCACGAGCUGGAGCCGCAGGAGCUGCUGGAGCAGCACAUCUAUCCCACAAUACGCAACAACAAGUGGAAGUCAAAGUCGGAGUCGGUGGUUGUGAGUUACUUGGUAUUCAUCAAGCAGCAUUCGUCCAGUGGUCAGGAGUUCUCAGAUGUGGCAGUGCCUGUCCUCACCAGCAGGGGGCUGCUGUGUCCGGCCACAGAAAGGGUUCAUUUCUCCGAAGAGUACGGCAACAUCAACCUGGAAAAGAAGCUGCCUGGCUACAGCUGGAGCCUGCUGAGUCCCUGCUAUGUGGAGGCCGACAGAGACGUGGCCGGGUGGAGAGACCUGUUCAGCAGACUGGGAGUCAAGGACGGCCUCAUCAUCUGCAAAGAGAGACGGACGCUGACUUCUGAAGAACUGGCCUCCAGUCCCUGGUCGGCUGAAAGUGCAGCGUGGCACCAGAGCCCAGGGGAGGCCUGUGUGCUGGAUGACUACCGCUGUGAGGAGUUUUACAGCCUGGCUACAGCUCAGCUGCCUGGUUCCCUCCUCCAGCAGCAGAGGAUGGAGCUGCUGGCGCUGCUGGAGAAGCACUGGGAGACCGGACAUUGUUACUCGCAGUACCUGACAGCCCAGGUGAUAGACCACGAUGGGCGGGUGGUCAGAAACACCAGGUCCUCCUUCCACCACUUCCUGUGCUGCCUUGAAUGGAUCCCAGCUCACCGCCCAACUCGGGAAGGACCGCAGGAGAGGAAGUUCCUCCGUCCAGAUUCGGUCUACGUCACGUCACCUGAAGUCACCAAGCUGCUGGGGACUCACGUGUUCUAUGUGGACACAGACUCCAGCCAGUUCAGCAGAGAUCUAGGGAUGAGAGAAACCAUCUCAGUAGAGGUUCUGAUCCAGUACCUGAAGGAAUGGUGUGUCCACCCAGAGGAGGACAACCAGGAGCAGGAGGCAGAGGGGGCUUGUUUCACUUCCACCAUUCAGCACAUCCAUGACGUCUACAACUAUCUGCACACCAACUGUUCCCAGAGCAGCCUAAAGGAGCUGUUCCAGCACACCCCUGCUGUUUUUGUCGAGACUAAGAGGGUCAGCGAGACGUGGUGUUCAGGACGCUUCCACCAUCUGAAGGAAGUGUGCUGGAGUGACACUACCUUCAUGUUUCAGCGCUACAGGUGGCUGAUGCAGAGAGCAGACAGCCCCGUCCAGGAGCCCAGGGUCCUGGCUCCGUUCUACAGUCAGCUGGACGGCAUGCAGGACUUCUUCAUCAGACUGCUAAAUGUGGACAGCUGUCCCAACAUGAAGCAGUACGUCAGCCUGUUGGAACUGGUCUGCUCGUCGUCUCCCAUGCCAACUGCUGAGGUGCUGCAGGAUGUGUCCAUACUCUAUGCCAGACUGGCUCAGAGGUGCAAGUGUCAGGUCCCUGGAGACCAGGAUGGCCCUCCCCACAAGCUGAAUCCCAGUUUCUGCUCCACUUUGAAGGGCAUGGUGUCUGACAUGAGGGUGUUCCCCAUCAAGAGUAACACUUGGGUGAAGUUGGCGAAUAAGCCCAUGAUUGGUGAUGACAAGGAGCUGGAGAAGAUUUUCAAAUCCCAUCAGAUGGUGUGUCUGCUCAACCUGCCGCCACCAGAGAAGAAGCCUGCUCCCAAGAGCAAGACUGGAAAUGCAGCAGCAGGAGAUAUGAAACCUGCCUUCAACGAGAAGGACAGGCUUUUGUUUCUGGACAUCUGUGGCAUUCGCCGGCUUUCCAGCUGCAUCAGGUCUGAGCCUCUGACCGAGUCGCUGAGGCCUUGCCCUUCCAUGCAGCGCAUGGUUCGCUCAGUGGUCCCCUACAUCCAGAGGUUCCUCUACCACCACGAUGAGCUGGCUCAAGUCUACUCAGAGCUGGCUGACAGGAAGAUAGCGGAGAAGAUCAAGCGUCUUUCCUUUGCACAGGUAGGGAAGCUUUACAUCCGCUACCAGCUGGAUGUGUCCGACGGUGAGGAUGAGGUGGUGGAGCUGCAGGAUGUCAUCUGUCUGCUGAAGGAUGAGAAGGAACUCUACAUCCAGAAGGACCACCUCCCAGGCAAGCUGGAAAUCUGCAGCGAGCUGGUGAAACUGUUCUGCACGGAAAGCAGCCACAGAAAAGAGCUGAAGCAUUUCCUGAGCAGCCUCAUCAACUCCCUAGAUGACCCAAAAGCUCUGAAGAGAUUCCUGGCCAAGGAGGACGUCAGAGAGCUUCCUGAUGGCGAGGAGCGGUGGGAGGUCCCAGAGCCUGCUACUCAGGAGAUCCCCCUGGAUAGAGUGCCGAAGAGUUUCUCCUCCACCUGCUCCCCAGACGAGGCCCCUCGUCCCGCUCAGGCUGAUGGUGAACAAACCCUGGGUUGCUGGCCUCCCCGAGCCCCCUUAAUGAACAUGGGCGGCCGUGCAGGUCAGGGAAACAACAGCGCGGUUGAAGCUGCUCUAAAGAUGUGGCCUCCACCUCCUGCUCCUAAAGACAAAGAGCCAGAGAGGGACGUCCUCCCUGGGGGAAGGAGCCAUGAGGGGGUGCAGCCUCCGAAGAGCAGCGGUAGACCUGCAGAACUAGCCAGACCUCUGAGCCACCCAGGACAGCCUGUCUCCAUCAGCUCGCCCAGACCCGCAGAGAGCAGGCCGCAGAGCGAGGGUGGACAGGAGGGCCUCGCAGCUCCCAGACCAGCACAGACUCUUCCAUCUGCACAGCCUGCUGAGGCUCCUGGGGACCAGCCCACUCCAAACAGCACGCUAGCUGUGCCUGAUGCGGUGGUGGCCUCCGCUACAUUCCAGGGGACGGCAGCUGCUGCAGAGACUCCACGUCCUCCCCUGAACCUGGACUUCCCUCGCUGGAACAAAGACCAGAGCGGACUGGAGGACAUGGAGCUCACCUGCCAGAGACCCACCACUAUGGUGCCAUUGGACGAACAGAUGGACCUGAUUGCGAUUGGUGAGUGGGGGGAGCAGCUGGUCAACUCCUUCCUGUGUGACUGGAGAGACAGCAGCGACCCCGGACGACCCACUCACAUCUUGUGGUGCAACCAGAGCGGAGAGAGCGGCCAGCCAUACGACUUCAAAGUCACCUUCGGCGCAGAAGCCACGCCCCCAGUGCUGUUCAUAGAGGUGAAGUCCACGGUGAAGAAAGAGCGGUCCUUCAUCCACCUCUCUGCUAACGAGCUGGACUUUGCCCUGAAGGAGAAGGAGCGCUACCACAUCUUCAGAGUGUACAGCGCAGGAGACGCUCAGAACGUUCGUCUGUGUCGCAUCCGGAACCUGGCGCAGCACCUGCACACCAAACACUUGGCGCUUUACCUCUUUGUGUAGCUUCUGUUAGGUGUGAGGGGAAAUUUGUUCUACAAUGAAGCGUUUUGUAUCCCUUUAAAAGUUUCUUCUACUGUAUGAUCAGUAUUUUAUCCCGUCAAAUCGAUGUUGCGCUGAGUGUUUUAAUUUUGUCUUACCAUCUCAUCUUUACACGAGCAUUCCUUUUAAAUAAAGUCUGUCUGAAGA